AUGGAAGUUGCCAUCGAAAAACAGUCUUCAAGAAUAACGCAAACUUCAAGAAGAACACCAAAAACCACAGUGAUUUCUUUGAAAUCCGUAGAGGAACGCGAAAAUUUCGAUAAUCAAUAUGAAUUUUUGCUGACAACUAUUGGUUUUGCGUGUGGUUUGGGAAAUAUUUGGAGAUUUCCACAAAGGGCUUAUGAGAAUGGAGGAUGUAAGUUUCAAAAUUCGAUAAGAACUUACCCUAACUUCCCGUGAAACAUUGUCGAAAUUCCGCUUUUCGUAUCGCCAAAUUUUUUCAAAAAAAAAAAUCAAAUUUCGUCCGGGAGAAGUACACGAUUCUUUUCGCUGCGGAGAACACACAUGUUUUUAAUCGGCCUCCCUUUACAGGGUGGCGCAUAAAUAUAGGUGCAUCGUUUUUCUGAUGGGGUUAAUGUAUUUUCAAAUAUUAUUUCAUGAUAUUUGGUGAAAUUUCAACUAAUAGGGUCCAAAACAAACACAAAUGAUGUUCACAUCAAUAUUUCAAACUAUGAUGAUGUUUGGAGCGGCCGCGUAUGUUGAGCUCGGGGCAAAUUCGCACGCACCUAUGUUCAACUUUGACCACGUGUAACUUCACGUUGGGUACAUGAAACCUAACAUGAAAAUACAUCAAAAUGUUCGAAAAAUGAAGAGGAACAAUGUUGAAACGUACUCAUCAUGAUUGACUAAUCUGCUGUUUAGAAUUCAUCAGUAUUGAACACCCCCCAAAACAGAAAAAUCAGCCAUUUUUCUCUCAAAUAUUGUUCUUUCGACCCAGAUCGCAUAAUUUCACAAAAGAUGGUGUGAUUGUAGUUGGAUUUAGUGUAAAAUUAGUUAUUUCAUAGUUUCUAUUCCUAUUACAAACAUAAAUAAAGUAUAUCUUAUAUUUUGUGCCUUCAAAUCCUUGAAAAUCAAAAAAUCUGAAAAUUUGAAGUUUUGACUGAAAUUCGAAAUUGUUUCGGGACAACCAAAAACUAGGACUGUGAAAAACUCAAAUUUAGACCUUUUUAAAAUGUAUCAAAACUUUAGAUCAUACAAAAUGACUGAAAAUCAACUGAAAUUCAUGGGUGAAAAAUUUCCUCCGGACCUGCGUGCUGAUUUUCAAAAUUUUUGAACAUUGAAUCUAAGUUUGACAGCCUGUCCGGUCUUUAAAUCAAUCAGUAUUGUUGAGAACACUUGAAGAUAAGAUAGAAUAACGCAUUAGCUUCAAAAUUAUGUAUAUAGACCCCAGAAAUAAUUUUGAGAAAAUCGUGGUAAAACCAUGUUAACAAAAAUGCAUCAUGCACCUAUAUUUAUGCGCCACCCUGUAUUUCAUUUUUCUUUUUUUUUUUCUCUGUUUCCACGUUGCAAGCUGAAAAAAGCGCAAAACUGAUCCAAUACGGUCUUUCCAGCCGCCUUCCUCUUCCCAUAUAUAACAUGUGCAAUUCUCUUCGGAAUCCCAACAGUUUACAUCGAAUUUCUUGCCGGACAACAUCAAGCAACUUCUCCACCAAUUGUUUUCCGGCGAAUCGCACCAAUUUUAGAAGGAAUCGGUUGGAUGACAUGCGCUAUUUCAACAAUUUCAGCGAUUUAUUAUAGUGUUAUUAUGGCAUGGUGUUUCGUUUUUAUUUUCAAUAUUUUUCGAGGUCACUUGGAACUUUGGAAUAAUUGUGAUAAUCCAUGGAAUAUUCGAGAAAUUUGUGUUGAAAUGCGAUCUUGUUCGAGGAAUUUGACUGAUUUAUCUGAAAAUGGAAAUGAAACUGAAAUUGCUUAUAAUAAUAACAUAGAAAAUUUGAUAUUUUUCAACGGAUCGUGCCAAAUUCCACCGGAUUUAAAUUCUACAAAAUUAAUUUCGCCAACUCAAGAAUAUUUCACAAAUCAUAUAUUACAACGAUCAGAUGGUUUUUUGAAUAUAACUGGAAUUAAUUGGCCAAUUUUAUUUUCAAUGACUUUUUGUUGGAUAUUGGUUGGAUUAUUGAUUUUUAAAGGAAUGAGAAUUAUGGGCAAGAUUUCAUAUGUGAGUUAAUGUGAAAUCCCAAACCUAAAGAAAAAAGCGGGAAAAAUAAGGGUGUGUGUCAACACCGACUGCCCGCAAACACCAAAUCCUACGCGCAAUCUUGUAAAAAUGAAACAACAACACUCCGCUCAAACAGGCAAGCGCCGCUGUUUUAAUUUAAUUUUUUUUCUUUUUUUUGUUUUGGAAGCAACUAGGCUUGUAGAAACAAUUUCAGAACAUUAAUUUCAGGUCACCGCAAUUGUUCCAUACAUUUUGGUCAUAAUUUUUGUGAUUCGUGGAUUCUUCCUUCCUGGUUCAUCAAAUGGUCUAUAUUUAUUCCUGGGCCGGCCGGAUUUCAAAAAACUGUAUUCACCUCGAACUUGGUCUGAAGCUCUCAAACAACUUUGUUUUUCAAUUUCCGUUGGACACGGUGGACUAAUGUCAAUGGCAUCUUAUAAUAAAAGAUCAUCAAAUCCAUUUCAAAAUGCUGUGAUAUUAAUAGUUGCUGAUACAUUUAUGAGUAUUUUGGGAGGUUUUGCUGUUUUUUCAACUCUUGGAUUUUUUGGCGGAAAAACGAGGAGUUGCUGUGGAGCAUGUUGUGGAAAGUGGUGUGAAUUUGAUUUUUGUUGCGUUUCCUGAAUCGUUUUCGGGACAUUCUGCGAUUUGGGCGGUGCUGUUUUUUGCGAUGUUGAUUAUUUUGGGAAUUGGAUCACAAAUGGGUGAGAAUAAAAAAUUAAAAAUUGACAAACAAUUCAUUUUUGCAGCCUUUGUCGAAUUAUUUUGUUCCUGUUUCUAUGAUCAACAUCCAAAUUUUCGACACAAAAAAUAUUUGAUAGUUCCAAUUUGGUGUCUUAUUUUAUACAUUUUCGGCCUCAUCUUCUCAACUUCUGCUGGUUUUUAUUGGUUUGAAUUAUUCGAUAAAUAUUCAGCUGGAUUCUCAUCAACAUUUGCAAUUAUUAUCGAAAUCUUAUGUCUAAUUUAUAUUUAUGGCGCGAGAAAUAUCAAAUUAGAUAUUGAAGAAUUAAUUGGACAACCAAAGAAUAAAAUAACACAAAUGAUUGGCGCACAUUCACCAUAUUUUAUUAUAAAUUGGCAAAUUAUUUCACCUGGAAUCGGAUUGAUUUUGAUUGUAUUUAUGUGUUUUGAGCAGAAAUAUUUGAUGGUUUUCGAUAUUUUUGGAUGGAUUUUGGCGUUUAUUCCGCUGUUUAUGAUUCCGAUUUUUGCAUGGAAAAAUUAUCGAUAUUUCAAAAUCAAUAAUUAUCCAAUUAAAGGUGUUUUAUCAAUUCAACGACAACAUUUAUCAUUUUCAAGGAUUUGUGAUAUUUAUUCGGAUGCGGAAUUUGAAGAAGCUAUGAAAUUGCCCGAACAUGAACCAUGGGAGAAUCCAAAUCAAGAAGAAAAUUUUGAAAAUGUGGAAUAA